AUGAGUGGUUAUCGUGGGGUUGCAACCAUAGUACUUGAGGUUGUAGCAUCUUCAGACCUUUGGAUAUGUCAUGCGUUUUUUGGAGUUUCUGGUUCAAAUAACGAUAUCAACGUGUUAGAUCGUUCUCCAGUGUUUGAUGAUAUUCUAAACGAUCGUACUCCAGAGGUAAAUUAUACUAUUAAUGGUAAUAAUUAUACUAUGGGAUACUAUUUAGCAGAUGGUAUUUAUUCUGAAUGGGCCACAUUUGUCAAAUCAAUCUCAAAACCACAAGGGGAGAAACGCAAGUUAUUUGCACAAUACCAAGAAGGGCAAAGAAAAGAUGUGGAGCGAGCAUUCGGAGUGUUGCAAGCACGCUUUGCAAUUAUACGUGGUCCAGCUCGUUUUUGGGAAAAGAAGAAGCUUGCCAACAUAAUGAGAACUUGUAUUAUAUUGCAUAAUAUGAUUGUUGAGGAUGAAAGAAACACUUAUGCUGGAAAUUUUGCUCAAGGCUUAGAGUAUGAUGAGGUCGAAAAUGGCUUAUCACAACCUCAGCUGGGAGAAGAAAAUUUCGCAUCAUACCAUCAAUUUCUCCAAAGAAAUGUCCAACUUUGA